AUGCGAUUCUGCCGGCCACUUUGCCCUGACAUUACCGCCGAUCUAUACUGCGGAACAGCAUCGAGUGGCCUGCCUGAGGAAGAGAAGGAGUUCCAGCUCCUCGCCCGGUCCUUUGCCGACAAGGAGUUUGCUCCCAAGAUGCUGGAGUGGGAUGAGAAGGAGCACUUUCCAGUCGAUGCCCUCCGCAAGGCGGCCGAGCUUGGAUUCGGAGCCAUCUACUGCAAUCCCGAUUUCGGUGGAACGGGCGCCAGCCGCCUCCAGGCCAGCAUCAUCUUCGAGGCCCUGUCCACCGGCUGUGUCAGCACAACGGCAUACCUCAGCAUCCAUAACAUGUGCGCGUGGAUGAUCGACACCUUUGGCGCCGAGCAGCAGAAGGAAAAGUGGAUUCCCCAGCUUGCGAGCUGCGAGAAACUCGGUUCGUACUGUCUCACCGAGCCUGGCGCUGGAUCCGAUGCGGCAUCACUCUCCACGACCGCCAAGCGCCAGGGCGAUCAUUUUAUCCUGAAUGGAUCCAAGGCCUUCAUUUCCGGAGGAGGCGACACCGAUGUCUACCUGGUUAUGGCCCGCACCGGCGGCCCUGGUCCCAAGGGCAUCAGCUGCUUCUUGGUCGAGAAGGGCACUCCUGGCCUCAGCUUUGGCAAGAAGGAGCAAAAGGUCGGCUGGAACUCGCAGCCCACCCGCGCUGUCAUUUUUGAGGACUGUGCCGUACCUGCCGAGAACAUGAUCGGAAAGGAAGGCCAAGGCUUCGCCAUCGCCAUGCAGGGCCUCAACGGUGGAAGUCUCGUUUCUUCAGCUUCCUGCAGUCUGGGAGGUGCCCAGGGCGCCAUCGAGGCUGCGCUGGAGCAUGUCACCGUCCGCAAGCAGUUUGGCAGUGCCCUUUCGACUUUCCAAAACGUACAAUUCAAGCUCGCCGAGAUGGCCAUCGCACUCAACUCGUCACGCUUGAUGGUCCGGAACGCCGCCUCGAUGCUGGAUGCCAAAGCCCCCGAUGCCGCCGCCCACUGUGCGAUGGCCAAAGUCCAUGCGACGGACGAGUGCUUCAAUGUCUGCAAUACCGCUCUUCAGCUGCACGGCGGCUACGGCUAUCUCAAGGAUUACCGUGUCCAGCAGUACACUCGCGAUCUGAGAGUCCACCAGAUUCUCGAAGGCACCAACGAAGUGAUGCGGAUGAUUGUCUCGCGAGAGCUCCUGAAGUGA